AUGGGAGCAGAAGGAGACCCGACGACAAUAAUCGUCUACGCGGAUGUUUACACGCAGGAAACGCCGAGCACGUCCGAGCAUGAGCUCAGUGUGAUAAUGUCCUCUGACGAUCAAUCAUCUCCGACGCAGGCAUCGAUAUCUACAACGAGUUUCGAUGUGCUGGACAAUGCAAGAUUGGAGAAGAUUGAUAUAUCUCCCAUCAUAACGUCACAACCAACAAAAACCGUAGUUUCACAAGUCACGAAUACCGAUGCCGAUGUGAUAGAGGAAGCAGUGCCAAUCGUGCAAACAACAUUACCCAUGCCAGAAUUGCAACCGAAAAUUGAGAAGAACGGUAUCGAGAUGAAGACGAAGAAAUCUUCUGACGAGCCAAACGAUGACUGUCUGAUCAAUUGCAUUUAUUAUACUCAACAGUGUUGCGACUGCACAAUAGUUUGAGAUCAUUCAACACAUCUAGCUAAAUAAUACCGAAGAAACAGCACUUCGCGAGUACUCCGAUCAAUUUUGGAGUUUUAAGAUGCUGCUCUUCGAUACGAAAUUUAGAAUCUGACAUAGUAAUACGUAUGGCGCGCCAUUAGGAUACUUUGAAAUACAUAUAUAUAAGAAGUAUAUAAUAAUAGAAAAAAAUUAUACGGAGU